CUCUGAGCGUCUAUCUGAUUCUCUCUCUUGGUCUCUCAGUGGCUUUGUCAUCUCUCUGUGGUUCACACAGUUCAAUACACACAGUUUGUAAAACAGCAGCUGCAUUGGUGACUCGCAUUCUUCAACUGUUGCUCGUGCUGUAGCAUCUCUCCUGCGCUUUAGUGACGCGAGGGAGCGAACAGGAGUGCAGGUGACAGUCUGACAAAGACAGGGUGAAUGUGAAACACAGACAACAUGAAGAUUAUCUGUGUUUUGUUGUCUGUGGUGCUGUGGACAGGAAGCCUUAACCGGACACCAGAAGCAGCAGUGGCGGGACACCGACUCAACGACUCAUUACUUGGAGAGGCAAUAUUUUCUCUCACGGAGCAUUCAUUUUUAAACGUUUCGGGUCAGCUGAGUAACCGGACGUCAGGGUUUUUCCUGCUGGACUUUGACGAGGGAAUGCUGGAGGACUGGAGGUCUCUGGCUAGUAAGAAGCGGCGGGACGGAGAGUCUCAGGACCGGAGUGUGAAGGCGCUACUGGUGGCUGCAUACACUCUCAUCAUCGUAGUUUCCCUCUUCGGAAAUACACUGGUGUGCCAUGUGCUGGUGAAAAACAAGCGCACCCAGUCCGCCACCAGCCUGUUUAUUAUGAACCUGGCUGUGGCAGAUAUCUUCAUCACUGUGCUCAACACGCCUUUCACCCUGGUCCGGUUUGUGAACAGCACCUGGAUGUUUGGGAGGACUAUGUGCCACAUCAGUCGUUUUGUGCAGUACUGCUCCUUGCAUGUCUCUACUCUCACUCUCACCGCCAUCGCACUGGACCGACGACAGGUGAUUUUGCAUCCAUUAAGACCCCGCAUGUCUCUGGCACAAGGUGGAGUCUGGGUCACUGCGAUCUGGAUAAUGGCCAGCUGCUUCUCCCUCCCACAUGCGAUCUACCAGAAACUCUUGACUUUUACUUACAGUAAGGAAAAAGAGCGCAGCCUGUGUGUCCCAGACUUUCCCGAGCCUUCAGAUGUCUACUGGCAGUACAUCGACCUCCUGACCUUCAUAUUACUUUACAUGCUGCCCCUCCUCAUCAUCACUGUGUCUUACACCACAGUCGCCUGCCGGCUGUGGCGCCACAAUGCCAUCGGUGACACCACGACAGCUCAGCACGCUGCUCAGAAAAGAAAGCGGCGGCGGACGUUGGCCAUGCUGCUCCUGGUAGUUGGAGUGUUCGCCGUCUGCUGGUUCCCACUCAACUGCUACGUGGUGCUGCUUUCCAGCCAGGCUAUCCACUCCUCUAACGCCAUCUACUUCUGCUUUCACUGGCUGGCUAUGAGCUCCACCUGCUAUAACCCUUUCAUCUACUGCUGUCUGAACCCCACCUUCAGGCAAGAGUUGAGGCAUCUGGUGGACAUGUGCAGGGGGAAACGCAGGGUGGCUGUCAGGUUAGAGCCAGAUCUUCGCCCGGCAGCCGCCUCCGCUCCUCGACACAGGGAAGCCUGGCCCGAUAACCAAGAGUCCUCCAGCCAGCGGAGUGCUCUGUCCCAUCCAGGCCAUGCCUCCUCACACCCAAGCCACAUCCCCUCCAGUCAGUCCCACAACCUAAAACACACACACGUGCUUUUUACUGCCAGACAGGCUCUGACAGGACGAACUGACAUCCUUUCUGUAGAGCCCAUUGUAGCUGUGAGCUGACAGAGGACUAUAUGAUUGGAUUCAUAUUUUCCCAAUUAAUAACAAUAAUAUAGGAUUUCAUCACGUUCUAAACAGGAUAGGAAUCUGUAAGGGGCCUGACUCAGCUCAAACAAAAGGAUUUUGUGAUGUUAAGAAAUUGAAAAAAACUGAAAUCAUAUAAGGUUUUCCUUGUGGUUUCAUCCUGACUUUCCUAUUUUGACAGGGUUCUUUAUUGUUUAUCUCUCUUACUGCAGCAAAGGUUAUAAGAAAUGGAGGCCUCAGCCUCUAAGAAAACUGAAAACAAUCUCCCUACAAGCUCCAUCGAGCAUCUGCUUGUGGGUUAUUGAAAGAAUCACACAUCUUCUUCAGCUUCAGCUGCCAAUUUUAUGUCAAAGCUAUGGGUUUUUUUCUGUCUUUUCGUUGGUCUAAAUACGGAUAUAGCUGAAUACACAUGACAGUUUGCUUAUGUGUUCUGCAAAGGAGGCAAAAUAAGGCAUACUCGUCUCAUUCAUCAUGUUACAUUACAAAGACUGAAGUUGCCUGAUAUGAUCUUCUUGUGAACGAGUGUUCUAAGCCCACAUUAACUAAUCUAAAGUCCAAAAAUCUAGUGAAAUAUCAGGCAUUGGUAUUGGUUUUCUGAUGUUGCUGUAUUUGCCAGUCUUUUCUGUGCUUUCCAUGACAGCCCAGAAACUGUGAAAAAAGUAUAUAUCUGUCACUCAGUUUUGAUGGGAUCUGUUUGCAUUUACAGCUACAGUACAUGGACAGAAUCUCAGUGUCUAUGUGACGCAUGAUGAGAAUGAAAUAAUGUUGACAUCUAUCAGGAGGUUAUUUCAUAUCUGUCUUGUAUUCAUGAAUGUCCUUGAAUUCCAUCUAUACCAAGAGGGGGUGUGAAGUAUACACAUGACAACAACCUGUGCAAAUAUGUACAGUCUACACAGCAUCACUCUGUACUCUUCAUUGUCUGUUCUGUUAGCUUUUUCAAAUGCUUCUCUACGCUGCCUGAAUGAGAAUAUCAGAGGUGAAGCGAGUGAUAAAAAGAAAUUUGAGGUGUGGUAAUAGAUUACUCUGACCAAGUCAAGGUUUCUAGUGUCCUGACUCAACACUUUGAAAUGCACACGACAGGGCCACUUUUGUUCACUGUGGUUGAAGUACACUGCAGGUGCAUUACUGUUGGCCUUCUGUUCAGCAAACUUAAAAGUUAAUUUAUGAAA